UAUGCAAAUUGAUCGGUCCACUUCCGGGUUUUGAUUAGCCUCGUUUUGAACUUGACCCAAACAAAUAAUGGCACGAAGUGGUCCUCACUUUAUGAGUGUUUUCUCAGGUUUUGUGCUGCUGUCAGUGAAUAUAAUCGUACAUGGGGAUCCACUAAGAUUCAGGGCACAUAAUGCUGUUCCAUUUUCCUUCGCUAGCUACUAUGGUGACCACAUGGUUCUACAGCAGGCCCAGAAGUCUGCAAUAUGGGGCUACCACCCCGAGAAUGGUGCCAAGGUGACAGUGAACCUCAUAGCAAAUGAUGCAGGGACCAUAAUACAAACUCUGUCAGUGAUGUCUAGACCAGGCCCUGUGGCGGGACAAUUUGUGUGGAGCGCUGCUAUAGAUGGCCCUAAGGCUGAUUCAGAGGCUGUUUUCAGAGUAACUGCAAAAUCUGGCUCUGAUGUCAUAAUGCUCAAGGAUGUUCUCUUUGGAGAUGUCUGGAUCUGCUCAGGUCAAAGCAACAUGCAGUUUUCAAUGUCAAUGGUGAACAACUCCAAAGAAGAACUGAUGAAUCUGGAGCAAUACAAUCGUAUUAGAGUGUUUACCUUAAAACAAGUUGAAUCUGCAACUCCACUUUAUGACUUUGCCAGUGGGUCUAUAGAGGAACUAUGGAGCGUACCCAGUACAUCAACUAUUGGUGGACCUGACUGGAAAUACAUGUCUGCAGUGUGCUGGUUAUAUGGGAAGAACAUCUUCAAUGGAUUGGGUCGUAAAGUACCUAUAGGUCUAGUAGCAUCUGAUUGGGGAGGUACCCCAGUGGAGGCAUGGUCUUCCCCUGAUUCUCUGGCUGCCUGCAAUAUAUCCCAGCAUGCAAAUAGUAAUGAUAAAACAAGCAACGUAAUUCAGGAUGGGCUGUUUGUAGAUGCCCCAGGAACUCCCUCUCACCUCUGGAACUCCAUGAUUCACCCCUUCCUCAAUAUGAGCAUCUAUGGCGCCAUCUGGUACCAAGGUGAGGCCAAUGCAGGAGCGCCUGACACAUAUAAUUGUACAUUCCCCACUAUGAUAGAGGACUGGAGAAUGAAGUUCCAUGAGGCAACAAAUGGUGCCACAGACCCAUAUUUCCCAUUUGGAUUUGUACAGCUUGCAGCUUGGAGGGAGGGCAAGAAUUAUACUCAUGGUUUCCCAGACAUUCGCUGGCAUCAAACUGCAGAUGUAGGCUACGUUCCAAACUAUCGCAUGAAGAAAGUAUUUAUGGCUGUAGCUAUGGAUUUACCAGAUGAUACAUCUCCCUACUCUGCUAUCCACCCCAGGGAUAAACAAGAUGUUGCUCAAAGAUUGGCUCUAUCCGGGUUAAAUAUAGCAUAUGGUAAACCCACAACCUACCAUGGGCCCACAAUAACAGCAUAUUUCAUAGAUAUUGGCUUCUACACCCUGAAGAUUGGACUGAGUAUGAAGAUUGAUAAGCCUCAUAGUAAUGAUGGAUUUGAGGUGUGUUGUUCCAAGGACAAUCAGACCUACUGUGGCUCAGGGAAUGCAUUCUGGUCACCAGCACCUCUCAUAGGCUACGAUCAACAUUCUGUGACGAUGUCGUGGAAAACAUGUAGUGGCUCAUGGAUUGUUGGGCUCCGUUACGCCUGGCUUGAGACACCAUGUGCAUUCAAGCAAUGUCCAGUAUAUAGUGUUAUAAAUGAACUCCCAAUGGCGCCAUUUGUAACAAAUGGUCUCAUAGGAGGGGGCAGAGUAGGUCAAGAUGGCCCACAAUACCUGCAGGGGACACUUAACUAG